UUUUUAUACAUAUAAUUCGAUAAAAGUCCAGAAGAUUGCGCAUGUUGUAAUUUCUAGUUAGAAGUUAAGAGGGAAGAAUUAUUUACAAUUUGAAGUUUAUUUAUUAAUGAUUUAUUAUUUAAGAAUCUACUCAUGCAUAAUUUAAUUCCUAAAACUGUAAAGUGGUUUCAUACUAAGAAACUAUUAAUAUCAAAUCAAAUAGAGUUAAAGUUUUCUUGUUCAUCUAUAAUAAAAAAUAUUACUUCAAUUACUAUGACAGUUGAAGAAAAAGAUUUAGAAUUUGAAACAGUCCACACUGAAUUGCAUACAUUAACAUGGUUGCAUAAAAAUGCACCUUGUUUUGCCUUAAGAGGAUCUGAGAUCAAAAUAAUUCAUGAACCAAAUGUAUUUUAUUCUGUUCUUGUACAAAAAUGUAAAAAUGCAAGAAAAAGAAUAACAUUUGCAUCAUUAUAUUUAGGCACAGGAAAAUUAGAAUCUAAUUUAGUAAAUGCUAUUAAUGAAGCUUUAAUUUCAAGCAAUGGUAAUGUUGAAGUUAAAAUUUUAUUAGAUUUUAUGAGAGGAUCCAGAGGUAAAUUAAAUUCUCGUAAAAUGUUAGAACCAUUACUUAAUGGAAAAUAUAAUCAUAGUUGUCAGAUUUUUUUAUAUCAUACUCCUAAACUUCGUGGAUUCUUAAAAAUGAUUAUUCCAGAUCGCUUUAAUGAAUUAAUAGGAUUACAGCAUAUGAAAUUGUAUAUGAUAGAUAAUGAUAUAAUAAUUAGUGGUGCUAAUCUUAGCAAUGAUUAUUUUACAAAUAGACAAGAUCGUUAUUUUGUGAUUGAGAAUUGUAAAGAACUUUGUGAUUUUUAUGACGAGUUAGUUCAAAAAGUAGGAGAAUUUAGUUUUGUGCUUCAAUCAGAUGGAAGUACAAUAUUAAAUUCUGCUAUGAAAAUUGAUCCUCUUAAAGAUCCUAUCACAUUUAUAGAAGAAGCAGCAUAUAGUAUAAGAAUUUUGUUUCAGAAGCAAUUUGAAGAAUCUUCUGAUCUUGAAAAAAUAGAAAAAAAUUUAGAUGUAGAUACUUGGAUUUUUCCUUUAAUACAAAUGGGCCAAUUAAAUAUUUAUCACGAUAGUCAAAUAACAUUGAAACUUCUACAGACAGCUCCACCAGGUACAACUCUCAAAUUAGCAACUGGUUAUUUUAAUUUAACUUCAGAAUAUAGUGAAGCAUUACUUAAACAUUGCCAAGCGACAUGUCAUCUUUUAACAGCACAUCCAUCUACUAAUGGUUUCUUCUCUGCAAAGGGUAUUGCUGGUAGUAUCCCAGCAGCAUACACGAAAUUAGAGGAAUCAUUUGUUAAAAAUUGCAACAAAUUAGGGCAACAAAAUAGAAUAACUUUAUGGGAAUUUAUUAGACCAGGAUGGACUUAUCAUGCCAAAGGACUUUGGUAUUUCUUACCAAACCAAGAAAAACCUUGUCUUACUCUUAUUGGAUCUCCUAAUUUUGGUUAUAGAUCAGUUAACAAAGAUUUAGAAACCCAAAUUGCUAUUUUAACCAAAAAUAAAAGUUUACAACAUGAACUACAAAAAGAGCAUGAACGCUUAUUUUCGUGUGCGACACGUGUAACGAAUAAAACCUUUUUUGAACAAGAUAGAAUUCCUCCGACUUGGGUAUGUGCUAUUGUUGCUCUAUUUCGAUAUUAUUUUUAAUUUUAUAUUUAUCUAUUCUUUAUUAGUAUUAUAUCCAUGGAAUGAUCAUUGGAUGUAAUCUAAGUCAUAAAACCUAUGUAUGAAUAUUUAUUCAUGCUAAUUAUUUUCCAAUUUCUUUAUAUGAAAUAAAAACUAUAAAAAA